AUGGGGCGCAAGAAUCCUAGACGCAGUAGAACGUCAAGAGCGGCUUCUGUCCGAGAGCCUCUCUUUGAACCGGGGGCCUCCUUUUUUUCGCAACAGGCGUCACCAUCUCCAGUGGAUGAAGUAGAUCCCGAGUCAAUCUCCCGCAAUGAUGCGCUCAAGACGCCGAUUACCGGGUCGGACAUGAUUCUCAGCUGGCCUAUUUUUCCGAAAGAGAAAUCGGUGUCGACUUUUCCAAUGACAGCGUAUUCCGAGAAGCCAGAUCGCUUUCAAACGGCUCUACCAAGCUUAGAUCCCCAAAGGCUCCUCGAACUGCGCGAGAUUUUCAUGACCAAGAUCUGGACCAAGAACCCGAUCGUUGACCCGGACCAGCUGGACUUUUAUAUCGCUCGAGUGCUGGAAAAUGGCAUUGAUUGGUCCGCCUCCUCGUGCUUGGUGCUACUUGUCUUUGCACUUGCGGCCAUCUGGGGGAAUUAUCCGGACGACGAAACGCGCGAGGUCUCGUACAAUGAACCGUCAUUCAGCCCACCAGUCACUUAUGUGACGAUAUCGGUUCCGGAGCACCGAAUGAAAGAAUCGUUGACCUUCCUCUCCAUGGCGCGUAAGCGCAUCUCCACUGCGUAUCUCGACGAUACAUUACUGGGAGUGCAGUGUCUCUGUUUAUUCGGAAUUUGGUAUCAGUAUAACAUCGAGCCGAUUCCAGGCUGGAAAAUGUUCCGCACAGCAUCCAUGCUAUGGCAAACGUAUCGUUUGAAGCACCGCGAGGGAAAGACGAUUAGAAGUGCGCAGGAAGAGAGUCUGGAGCAGCAGCUCUACUGGACAUGCUUAAAGUCUGAAUGCGAGGUUCGAUAUGAACUGAUGGAUCUCCCGCCCUGUGACCUCAGCCUCUCCGACUUUCCAUAUUCUCUCCCGAGCUUCCCCACGAGACAACCAUCUAACGACACCGCUGGGUGGGUGUUUUCCAAUCCCUCGUCCACAGACCUCGAAGCAGCAUCUUCCUACUAUUAUCUGGCCGAGAUCUUCUUGCGCAGGCUUCUCAACCGGGCCCGCAAUGCGGUCCGUGUGCUCUCCCCAGAUAUCGACCCGCCGACCAUCAAGACUCUGGCGGAAACUCUGACUCAGCUGGAAGGCCAACUCCAGCAGUGGGUAGACUGUCUCCCACAUACACUCCGGUUCAACAUGCCUCUGGAAUCCGCCCCCGGACCGAAGGAGGGUGAGCUGAUGAAGCUAAGCCGUGAGCGAUACGUCGAGGUGCGCGAACUGCUCUGCCGCGCGUAUCUAUACCUGUGCAUACAUGUACCACUCGACCCAGGGAUGGCGGCGCUGUAUGGGGUCAAAGCGAGCGAGGCACUACAUUUGGCAGUUUAUCGCAUCCAGACUGAGGUGCCAUUCUUCCGGCAUCCGGGGUCAUGGGGAGCUUGUCGAGUCCGGUUCAACCAUGCGCUUUGUCUGAUUGCGGGAUUUCGCGCAAAGCUGACGCAGCGCCCCUCGGCUGGAUAUGUGACCAUUCCUUCUGACUGGGCGGACUGUGUGCGGGUAGUGAUUGAGCGGUUGAAAAUCUGGGGCGAGGAGGGCGGCGGGAUCAAGGAGUUAAGUGUGCUGCUGGAGUGGUUGAUGCAUGGAAAUUUGGAAUUGUAG